AUGAAAUCGAUCGCCUGGAGUGAUAUGGCAGUGGCCUGUGCUGUGUUUCUGGUCGGCUGGCUUGUAAGCCUUGUUCACACGGCCCUCCGCCCUGGACUGCGUGAUAUUCCUGGACCGUGGAUGGCCAAAAUCAGCCAAUUUCGGCGUCUCAGUCUUGUUUGGAAUGGAAAUGCUCACCAGAAUUAUCGAAUCCUUCAUGCGAAGUAUGGACCGAUAGUUCGAACUGCACCCAAUGUGGUUGACGUCUCGGAACCGGCGGCCAUAUCAACUAUCUACGGAAUCGGCUCCAAGUUCAGCAAGUCUCCCUUUUAUCAGACUUUGUCGUUCUUUUACGAGGACGAGAUAAUGCAAAGCAUGUUUACGACUACAGACCCUGAAGAGCACAAAGCCCUAAAACGACCGGUAGCUCAAAAGUUCUCGAUGACGUCCCUACGGACGCUUGAAUGCAUGGUAGACCCCUGCAGCGAAAUCUUCAGCAACUCUAUGCUGGACUUGCAAGGACAAGUGAUAGACCUUGGCGCAUGGUGCCAAUGGUACGCCUUCGACGUCAUUGGGGCUAUCACAUUCUCCCGACGUUUCGGGUUCAUGGAGAACCGGCAAGAUAUAAACAAUGUCAUUUCGGGUAUUGAAGCGGGCCUAAAAUACGCGGGCAUAGUAGGACAGAUACCAUCGUUGCACCGAUUUCUUCUGGGCAAUCAAACUUUCAGAAAAAUCAUCGCCAAACUCGGGGCUCAAGAUCCAAUUCCAAUAGUUACAUCUAUGGUUUUGGAUGCUAUCAAUGAGUAUGACUCGCAGUCACCAACGAUGGAGCGGGCAGACUUCCUAGCCUACUUUCGACAGGAACAAAUAUCAACAGGGAAGCAUAUAAGCCGUCGAGACUUGAUGAAUCAUUUGAUGAAUAAUCUAUUGGCGGGAAGUGACACGACUGGAAUUUCUCUUCGAGCUGUCUUCUAUUACAUUAUCAAAGAUAGACGCGUGUAUCAGAAGUUGCAGAAGGAGAUAGACGAGGCACAUCAAGCCGGUAGGCUUUCACCAAUUAUCACCUUUUCUGAGAGCCUUGAAUUGGAUUAUCUACAAGCAUGCAUCAAGGAAGCCCUACGUAUGCAUCCUGGCGUAUCAUAUCCACUUGAGCGAGUGGUUCCUGGAGACGGGAUACAAAUAUGCGGAAAGUAUCUACCAGCCGGCACAAUCGUGGGCAUCAAUGCGGCCGUCAUCCACCGCGACAAGAGUAUCUUUGGAGUUGAUGCAGACACAUUUCGGCCUGAACGAUGGCUAGAUAAUGAUAUUGACCGUAUCAAGACGAUGGAUCGACACAAUAUGACGUUCGGCGCCGGUACUCGAACAUGUAUCGGCAAGAAUAUUUCUAUUAUGGAAAUGGCAAAAUUUGUUCCUCAGAUACUCAGGCAAUUUGACUUGGAGUGGGCCUCAAGCGAGCCAGAGUGGAAGAUCAAAACGUAUUGGUUUGCUAAGCAGACAGGUCUAUUGGUACAGUUUCGCGCCCGUGACCAGGGGAAGUUUUAG